AUGAGGACACAAAGUCUUGUCGUCGCCCUUCUGGCGACGGCUGAUCACGUCGCUGCUGCCGUGGCACCUGAAGGAAAGCUACACAAGCUCUCGGAGCGUCCAAAAGACUCACAAUGUCCACAGCGCGACCUUGCACACUCGCCCCCAAUUUACCCAUCACCAUGGAUGGACCCCAGUGCCGAUGGCUGGGCUGAUGCCUACGCCAAAGCAAAGGAUUUCGUCUCCCAACUGACCCUUCUCGAGAAAGUCAACUUGACCACCGGUGUCGGAUGGCAAGGAGAUGUCUGCGUCGGAAACGUCGGUUCUGUUCCUCGCCUCGGCCUUCGCGGUCUUUGCAUGCAGGAUGGCCCCGUGGGCAUUCGUUUCACCGACUACAACUCCGUUUUCCCCUCCGGCCAGACUGUCGCCGCGACCUGGGACAGAAGCUUGAUCUACCGCAGAGCCGAGGCCAUCGGUUUCGAACACCGCUCGAAGGGCAUCGACGUUGUCCUCGCCCCGGUUGCCGGACCCAUUGGUCGUGCACCAACUGGAGGCCGCAACUGGGAGGGUUUCUCCGUGGAUCCUUACCUGACAGGUAUCGCCAUGGCCGAGUCGGUCAAGGGCAUCCAGCAGCACGCUAUUGCUUGCGCCAAGCAUUUCGUUGGCAACGAGCAGGAACACUUCAGACAGGCUCCGGAAGCUAUUGGCUACGGAUACAACAUCACCGAGUCCAUUUCGUCCAACAUCGACGACAGGACUAUGCACGAGCUCUACAUGUGGCCCUUUGCCGAUGCCAUCCGCGCCGGCGUUGGUUCCAUCAUGUGCUCUUACAACCAGGUCAACAACUCGUACGGUUGCCAGAACUCGAAGCUUCUCAACGGUCUUCUCAAGGAAGAGCUCGGCUUCCAAGGAUUCAUCAUGUCUGAUUGGCAAGCUCAACAUGUACGUGUCCCCCUUGAUGGCCGAAGAGAGAUUUUGCUUAUCUCCCCUUUCCCAGCUAGCAAAGAAGCCGGUGCUGCUACCGCUGUUGCAGGUCUCGAUAUGGCCAUGCCGGGUGAUGUUCUCUUCAACACUGGAACUACCUUUUGGGGAACCAACUUGACCGUUGCUGUCCUCAACGGCACCGUUCCCGAAUACCGCCUUGACGAUAUGGCUCUGCGUAUCAUGGCUGCCUUCUUCAAGGUCGGCUUCGAGGUUGAAUCAGUUCCCGAACUCACCUUUUCCUCGUGGACCAAGGAUACUGUCGGACCCGUUCAAUACUACGCCAAGGAGAACACCCAAGUCAUCAACCAGCACAUCGAUGUUCGCAAAGGCAGAGACCACGCCAACCUGAUCCGCGAGAUCGCCGCCAAGGCCACUGUCCUGUUGAAGAACGAGGGUGCCUUGCCACUCAACAAGCCCAAGUUCUUGGCCGUCAUCGGAGAGGAUGCCGGUCCCAACCUCAAGGGCCCCAACGGAUGCGACAACAGAGGCUGCAACGACGGCACUCUCGGUGCUGCAUGGGGAUCAGGAACGGCCGAGUACCCUUACUUGGUCACGCCUGAUCAGGGUCUGUCAGCCCGUGCCGUUGCCGAUGGCUCCCGUUACGAGAGCAUCUUGAGCAACUACGACUCUGCGGCUACCACUGCCCUGGUUUCUCAGGCCGACGCCACAGCUAUCGUCUUCGUCAAUGCCAAUGGCGGUGAAGGUUUUAUCAACGUAGGAGGCAACGAGGGUGAUCGCCAGAACCUGACGCUUUGGAACGCCGGAGACGAGCUUGUGAAGAACGUUUCCGCCGUCAACAACAACACCAUUGUUGUGAUUCACUCCAUUGGCCCAGUCCUGUUGACUGACAUGGUCAACAAUCCCAACAUCACUGCCAUUGUUUGGGCCGGCCUUCCCGGGCAAGAGUCGGGCAACUCCAUCGCCGACGUCCUUUACGGAAAUGUCAACCCGGGAGGCAAGUCUCCCUUUACGUGGGGCCCCAACCGCGAGAGCUACGGUGCUGAUGUUUUGUACGAGCCCAACAAUGGGGAGGCCGCCCCUCAGGACGACUUCACCGAGGGCGUCUUCCUCGACUACCGCCACUUUGACCGUGCUACUGCUGGAUCCAAUAGCUCCGGUGUUGCACCCAUCUACCCUUUCGGCUUUGGUCUGUCGUACACCACCUUUGAAUACUCCAACCUGGCCGUGACCAAGGGCAACGCCGGUGCGUAUGCCCCGACAACUGGAGAGACGGCGGCAGCUCCAACCUUUGGCAACUACAGCACGGACCCAGCCGAGUACGUCUUCCCCAGCAACGAGUUCCGGUACAUCUACAACUUCAUCUACCCCUACCUGAACACCUCGGACGUCAAGGAGUCUGCCAACGACCCGACCUACGGCAAGACGGCUGAGGAGUUCCUGCCUCCCAACGCGGUCGCGAGCACCCCUCAGCCCAAGCAUCCCGCAUCGGGAGCCCCUGGCGGCAACCCGCAGCUUUGGGAUGUUCUCUACACGGUGACUGCUACAGUGACCAAUACGGGCAAGGUUGCUGGUGAUGAGGUUGCUCAGCUGUACGUCUCGCUCGGCGGCCCGGAGGAUCCCGUCAAGGUGCUCCGUGGAUUUGAGCGCAUUCCCAUUGAGGCCGGCGCGUCGGCGACAUUCACGGCGGAGAUUACGAGACGUGACCUCAGCAACUGGGACACGGCGAGCCAGAACUGGGUCAUCAGCGAGUACCCGAAGAAGGUGUGGGUUGGAAGCUCGUCAAGAGACCUGCCUAUCAGCGCGUCGUUGUAG